AUGUCUGAUCGCAACGUCCACAAAGCUGGUUUCACCUCAGCUGGCAUCCAGAAAGAUUCGCUUGCUUCCGAACUGAUGUCCCAAGAAGCAAAAGCUUCGGGGGGAGGUGUGCGUUCUGGAGGUCCAACUGCUACGCUCCAAGAAAAGGGUGCCACAGGCUCAACCCACUCGUCAGGUUUUACCAGCAGCGGGAUCUCUGCUGGGUCCAAGGCAGCUGGAAUGAUGUCCCAGGAGGCCAAGUCUCAUGGAGGUGAAACUCCCAGGGGUGGUACAACUGCCACCUGCCAGUCCAUCUCAAUGGGUGGCAAAGGAGGAAGGCGCUGAAUAAGAAAAGAGCACCAGUUCAGAAGCAAGCUCUGCAAACAGUUCAUCUCUCACCAAU